AUGCAAUUAGUAUUAGCAGCUAAAUAUAUUGGAGCAGGUAUUGCUACUAUCGGUUUAACAGGUGCAGGUAUCGGUAUCGCUAUCGUAUUCGCAGCUUUAAUUAACGGUACAUCACGUAACCCUUCAUUACGUAACACAUUAUUCCCAUUAGCUAUUUUAGGGUUCGCCUUAGCUGAAGCUACAGGUUUAUUCUGUUUAAUGAUCUCAUUCUUAUUACUAUACGGUGUUUAG